CUCGGAUUGAUGAGAUGCCAGAAGCUGCAGUAAAAUCUUCCUCCAAUAAAUACCAAGUCUUCUUCUUUGGGACCCAUGAAACGGCAUUCCUGGGGCCCAAAGAUCUCUUCCCCUAUGAGGAAUGCAAGGAGAAGUUCGGGAAACCCAACAAACGGAAAGGGUUCAGCGAAGGUUUGUGGGAGAUCGAGAACAACCCCACCGUCAAAGCCUCCGGCUACCAGCCUACCCAGAAGAAGACCUGCCCCGAGGAUGCUGAGCCGGAACGGGAGCCAGAGGGUGACGGGGAGAAGAAGGGCAACACAGAGGGCAGCAGCGAUGAGGAGGGGAAGCUGGUGAUCGACGAGCAGUCCAAGGAGAAGAACGAGAAAGCCGGGAUCAAGAGGAAAGCAGAAGAUGCUUUGGAGGACUCCCCCAAACACACUAAGGAGGCAGAGGGGCAGGAAGGGGAGAAGAAGGUAGACAACGAAGAGGCCCCCAAAGAGGAGCCGAAACCCAACCUGGCUGAAGGGGAGAAGGAGAAGAACAGUGACGCCGCCAGUGCGCUGGACGCCAAUGAAGCCAAGCAGGAGGGCAAGGAGAAGGCAGGCGCAGAGGAGGUCAGAGACCACAAGGAGAGGGUCUGUGACCAAGCGCCCGGGUCUUCUCUUGGCUCUCACAGCCUGUAGCGGCCUCCCUGGCAAGCUGAUCUUCCUGCCUGUCCCUUCCCCGCUGGGCUCCCUGGGCGCUGCCCUAUCUCGCCCUCGUCGCGUCCGCAGCUUUGGACAAGAGAAACAAAACCCAAAAUGAAAUUUUAAAAAAAAAAAAAAAAAAAAAAAAAAGAGAGAGAGAAAGAAAGAAAUGAAGAGAAACCCAGUAACACGAACCCCUGAACCGACCCGCAUCUCCUGGCCCUGCCGUCACGGGGCGCAUGCUUUGUAUUAGUGAUUUCUAGGGGGCUGAUCAGUUGAUUUGAAAUAAAAGCGAUUCAUGCCUUUUUAAA